UGACCUGGGUCUCGGAAGGGGUGGGACGACCCAAGGAGGGUAGGCGCCUGGCCGAAUUGGGAUGAUUCUGCGGCAGGCCUGGGGCUCCCUCAGGCCGACCCAGGCUUCCCAAGUCCCUCUUGGAGCCAAAGGCCCGGGAUUCUCGGGCGGCUCCAGCGAGCGGGCGGGGCAGGAGGCGGGGCGGCGGCAGGAAGCGGCCGGAGCGGCGCUGGGAGCGGCCUGAGCCCGGCGGAGCCCCGCAGAGCCCGGCCGGCCUCCCUGGGCUGCGGGGGGCUGCACCGGGACCGCCGGGGCGUGGUGCGCUCCUGAAUGCACCGUGGGACGCAGGAGGGUGCCAUGGCCUCCCGGCUCCUGCACCGGCUGCGGCACGCCUUGGCAGGCGACGGCCCCGGGGAGGCGGCGGCGGCCAGGCCAGAGGCCGAGCAGUUCCCGGAGAGCUCAGAGCUGGAGGACGACGACGCCGAGGGCCUGUCCUCCCGACUCAGCGGCACCCUCAGCUUCACCAGCGCUGAGGACGAUGAGGACGACGAGGACGAGGACGACGAGGAGACUGGCCCCGACCCGCUGCCCCCCGGGGACUGGACAUCAGGAGAAGACGCAGAACGGAGCCCCCCACCUGAUGGGCAGCGGGGCGGUCAGCUUCUGGCGCGACAGUUGCAGGAUUUCUGGAAGAAGUCCCGGAACACCCUGGCACCUCAGCGGCUGCUCUUUGAAGUGACCAGCGCCACCGUUGUCAAGGACCCGCCCUCCAAGUACGUGGCCCAUCUGUGGAAAAAGAUCUGGGAACAAUUGUCUAGCCUCAAGGCUCAACUUACUUGGAGCUUGAGAGACUCAAAGCCUUAUGGACAGCUGCCCUGCAGAGAAGGUAUUUUGACCUUGGCAUUUGGACAUCUCCCAUCCCCCCAUGGCCCUAACAAUGCUGAAUGGGCUCCUGAUUAAGGACUCAAGCCCACCGAUGCUGCUGCACCAGGUUAGCAAGACUGCCCAGUUAGAUACUUUCAACUACCAGAGCUGCUUUAUGCAGAGUGUCUUUGACCAUUUCCCUGAGAUCUUAUUUAUCCACCGGACCUAUAACCCAAGGGGUAAGGUCUUAUAUACCUUCCUGGUGGACGGACCUCGGGUGCAGCUGGAGGGUCAUCUUGCCCGAGCAGUCUACUUUGCCAUCCCUGCCAAGGAGGACACUGAAGGCCUGGCCCAGAUAUUCCAGGUAUUCAAGAAGUUUAACCCAGCAUGGGAGAGAGUCUGUACCAUCCUGGUGGAUCCUCAUUUCCUUCCACUGCCCACUCUAGCCAUGGAGUUCCCCGCAGCUGAGGUCCUGCUCUCAGCCUUCCACAUUUGUAAGUUCCUCCAGGGCAAGUUCUAUCAGCUGUCCCUUGAACGGCCCGUGGAAAAGCUGCUCCUGACCUCCCUGCAGAGCACAAUGUGCUCAGCUACAGCAAGCAACCUGAGAAAGCUGUAUACACUCCUGAGCAACUGCAUUCCCCCAGCCAAGCUGCCUGAGCUCCACCCACACUGGCUGCUCAAUGACCGCAUCUGGCUGGCUCACCGCUGGAGAAGCCGAGCUGAGAGCAGCCGCUACUUCCAGAGCCUCGAGGUCACCACCCGCAUCCUCAGCCAGUUCUUUGGCACCACCCCAUCUGAGAAACAAGGUAUGGCUUCUCUGUUCCAUUACAUGCAGCAGAACUCUGCAGACAAGGCAAACUUCAACCCAGGCCUGUGUGCCCAGAACAAUCAUGCCCCCUCAGAUACCAUCCCUGAAAGCCCCAAAGUGGAGCAGCUGGUAGAAUCCCACAUCCAGCACUCCCUUAAUGCCAUCUGCACAGGGCCAGCAGCCCAGCUCUGCCUGGGUGAGCUUGCUGUGGUCCAGAAAUCCACACACCUCAUUGGCUCUGGCUCAGAAAAGAUGAACAUACAGAUCCUGGAAGACACCCACAAGGUACAGCCCCAGCCCCCUGCAAGCUGCAGCUGCUACUUUAACCAGGCCUUCCACCUUCCCUGCCGCCACAUCCUAGCCAUGCUCAGUGCCCGCCACCAGGUGCUCCAGCCCGACAUGCUGCCAGCUCAGUGGACGGCAGGCUGUGCCACCAGUCUAGACAGCAUCCUGGGCAGCAAGUGGAGUGAGACCUUGGAUAAGCACCUGGCAGUGACUCAUCUCACAGAGGAGGUGGGUCAGCUGUUGCAGCACUGCAGCAAGGAGGAGUUUGAGCGGAGGUACAACACUCUGCGGGAACUGGCUGACAGCUGGAUUGGACCUUAUGAGCAGGUCCAACUCUGAUUAUUCUCAGUCCCCAGAGAUGCUCGUGCACCUGUGCACACUCACAUGUCCCUAUACACACAUACACACAUAGUUACACUGUUGUACUUCCGUGGUCCCUCCUUCCAGAAUAAGGACAAGGUUCAAGGGUCUUCUCAUCUACCAUGGCCUGCUACAUAGCAUGUGUCUAGCUCCAUGAGACGGGAGUCAGCAAAUCUUAUCUGUAAAGGGCCCGAUAGUAAAUAGUUUACUCUGUUGGCCACAUACAGUCUCUGAUGUAUA